GCGCAUCCGUCUUCUUACGGAUGGAAAUCGAAGACGCACAGACUUCCGUAAACUUACCCAGCCUUGCUGCUGUUGUUAGACAGUUUCACAUUUGAGGAUCUUCAUUCAGCUUCUCUGUUCGGAUUUAUCUCGGUUUUGUUUCCUCCGUGAUGGAUUGCAGCAAAUCCCCUGAACGAGAAGGCCGACAGAAGAAACAAGAGAAGAAGAAGAAGCGGAAACGCUCUCACUCUUCUUCGUCUGAUUCCUCGUCGUCUUCUUCCUCCAGCAGCAGGUCAUCAAAGAAACCCUCUCUCAAAACCCAAGAUGUGAAAACAGAAAAAAAGAAGCAGAAAAGAAGUUCCUCUUCCUCGUCUUCCUCUUCUUCCUCGUCAUCUUUAUCCUCGUCGAGUGAGGAAAAGAAGAAGAAAAGUAAAGCAAAGAGAAAGAAGAAGGAGAAGAAGGCAAAGCUGAAGAAGCAGAAGAAGAAGGCUAAGAAGAAGGAGAAGAAGCUGAAGAAGAAGGAGGAGAAGGAGAAGAAGAAGGAGGAGAAGAGGAAGAAAGCGGAGGAGGAGGAGAAGAAGAAAGCGGAGGUGGUGUUGCCCAGUCCUCCAGCGGAGAAGCUUCCAUCUUUCCUGGAGGUUUGGCAGAGUGACGAGGGGGCGUUGGAGCUGGGACCAGUGAUGACGGAUGAGCAGAAAGCCCGGCUGGCCACCAAGAGGCCCCUCACUAAAGAAGAGUACGACGCCCGGCAGAGCGUGAUCCGCAAAGUGGUCGAUCCAGAAACAGGACGCACCAGAUUGGUGAGAGGAGAAGGGGAGAUCAUAGAGGAGAUGGUCACAAAAGAUAGACACAAAGAAAUCCACAAGCAAUCCACCAAGGGGGAUGGGAACGCCUUCCAGAAGAAACUGGGAAUCAACAGGUAGAAGAAGCCCUGAUGUUCCUCGGGAGUAAAGCCUCAAUAAGCUGAAUCUGAUAUGAUUAGCCUCUGCCAGUUUACUGUAGUGUAGGUACAUGUGCCGGCACUUAAUGAACACUAAAGAGUGAACAUUGCCUACAUUACGACCUCCAGGGAAAUCCAGCUUCUCGUAUUGAUUUGCCUUUUUUAAAUCUGUGCUGGAGUUUUAUUUUAAGUCGACUGAAAUCUGCAAAAGAAACUGUCCUAAAUAGUUUGAUAAUUCGCUGAUUAUUGCUUAUUUAUUCGUCUCCUUGUUUUAAAGCAUUUUGUCGAUUUGCAUUUAAGGUCAAUUCCAGCGAGUAAGGUUGUCCGUUACUCAGAUGACUCGUGACUUCAAACAGUCUGACCAAUCAAUUAUUUGUUUAAUUAGAAACUGAUUAAUGUUGCAAUUCUUUUUUUUAUGUUAAGCAUCCUUCCUGACUCUUUUGCAUACAUAUUUUACAUAUUGUGGUUCUCUGAACAAAUCUGUAUUUGGGUAACUUUUUUCCAGAGAAAUAAAAGUUAUUUUCUUAACUAUAUCAAAGCUCCUUUAUUUGAAUAAUCCAGGUCAUUGAUGCUGAACCAAAUGACUCCACUGACAGUGUUGUGAAAAAAGGCAAAGAAUGACUGAGUUGAUCUUUUUAUGUUCUGUAUACACUGUACAUAAAAACACAAGGGAAUGGAUACAAUGAAGUUAUCCAAAAAUCUACAAGAUACACACCCUGUACAAUGACAUCUUUACCAAGGUAUGUUGCAUAUGUAUGUACAGCCUAUGAAUGCUAACGGAUGUAACUGGUGGCGUCGGAUUAACCCGGGGAACAUAGCUUGAGACAGGUUGCUGAAAUAUUUCCUUUAAAGUAAAAACAAGCCAAAGCAUUUUGAGGAAAAAAUGUCUGUUCGACAAACAGUCUAUUCUUUUCCAUCGAGUCAAUUUGGGAGUGAGCAGCGUUCAGUCGAGGCCUCGCAACACAUGUAAGGCAGAAGAGGGAAGUGUAAGGCCUCUGAUCGUGUGGGAGUUAGUAGAAACUCAGCUAACGUCUGCCCAGAGGAAACGCCCUGAUCCCUCUACACGUUCUCUCAGGAAGGACGUAUGGUUCAGUAGUUUCCAACUUUAGACAAGUGCAUGUUUUUCCCCAAUGAUCAAACAGCCGUCCUUCAAUCUGCAGCCGACAGUUUGUAAUAACGUCCUUCCUUCUUAUGCGUUGAGAUCUACUCUGAGUUAUCUAACCCCGUCUCUCCUCCUUGAUAUAAAGGGGUAGACAAAAUACUAGAAACACCCCCCAGUAUAACACUAUACAAUCCAGCAGCCCCCCAAACCCACCAUGAACUCGAUCCUUUCAAUAACAGUUAAAAUAUUCAAAGGAUUUGUUAAGGGCUAAUUCUUUUCAGAGGGUAAAACAUUGAUUUCUGGGUCACUUUUAAAUGUAGUUGACUUAAAAGUCAACGUUGAGAUUGAGGAUGUCAGUCCACAGUAGAAAACCUACUGUAACAUUUCAUACUUUUCUCAGAUCAGUGGCACUUUUUUACUUAUUUUGACACACUAUAAAUGUGCCUAUGCAUUUGUUGAGUGCUGCUCAUAUGUGUUCAGAUUCCCUCUGCAAUGUAAUCUCUAUAGAAUAUGUGCCUGUUGAUCUGAUUGUCAAUGCGUUGCGACACUUCCUCAACACAGUCUGUUUGGUCUUGUGGUUGAGAAAUAUUGCACGUUUCCCUUACGUUUGAGUCCAUAUUGGUCCAUCGCAGUCAGCUCUCUACUGGUCUAUUUGAGGGGAAAAUAACCGUCAUUUGAAUGAAUAAAUCACAAAUGUGUUUCGGAAAUAAAAGGUGAACAGCGUGACACAGUCUGAGUUCUGUGUUCCUACUCCUGACAGCGUAUUGUACAGAAUUUACAAUUAGCUUCUCCCUCUAACGGCGCAGCAGAACCUAAGGAGGAUUACCUAAGAGCACAUUCAACGCCUCAUUUACAGCUUAGGGAUAACCAGAGAAAAGCCAUAUUCCAAAUAUCCAAAAAGUAUAAUUAACAUACAAUAUAUGACACAAGAUGGCAGUUCUGUUGAUUCUGUUCUCGUGAUCUGCAGGAUGAAAUAAUAAAAAUACUGUGCCACUGCCAGGCAAAGACCUCUGAGUUUUGGCUGCUGCAACCGAACUAUUUAAGAAUGAAAGAUAAAAACACAACGUAGCUAAAAGUAAUCUAAAAACACACUUGGUUCACAAAA